AUGUCACGCCUGAUCUAUCUUUUUCUUCACAGAUCUUUUCCCUUCGAAGCUUCGGCCUCCAGAAGAGCGUGUGGCACCUGCUGUGCGCGCUGCAACUGCGUGCCGCCGGGAACUUACGGCAACCAAUACAUGUGCCCUUGCUAUGCGGCCCUCACCACCCACCACGGCAGGCGCAAGUGCCCUUAGUGGCUUUGUAAUCAGGCUUUCCUUCCUCAUUUAGUUGUCUUCUUCAUCUGCUUCUUAAUUAAUUUGCAUGCUUAUUAUUAUUGUUUUUCUUUUGGGUGAUUAUUUCAUGUAUGGUAAAGUUUGUUGCUGUUAGGUGAAUAAAAUUGGUAUGGUGCUCUUCAUAUGAACUUAAUUCGUUAUAAAUGUUGUAAGAGUUUGAUUGUAUAUGCAUGCAUAUUGUAAUAAGGAAAUCAUGGUUAAUUUUGUCAAUUAUAAAUGGUUUUUUGUGUCU